CUCAGUAGUGCAAGUGAAGGAGCCGACGAGUGAGUGUGUUGCGCGCCUCCGACUUGAAGGAUAUCUGCCUGACCGAGAGAGAAAAGAGCACAAAGCAAACUCCGCUUCGGCCGCACCAGAGACUCUUCUACCCUAAAACGCCACCCUUGACGUUGGGGUGAAGAACUCGCACAAUGGCGUCCUCACGUCUAAGUCUCGUCCUAUUGGCUGCACUAAUCGCCCUCGCCGUGGCCGCUUCAGAAGGUCCGGUUCGCAGAAGACUGCGGAGGCCAGUGGCCAGUAGCCUUACCUCAAGUAGUAGUUCCUCCGUCGCAGCUGCGCCAGCGACGUCGCCGGCCAAGUCUGCGCUUUCGACGCUGCGUUCCCGCGGCGACCAAGAGACGUCGGCCAGCGUCAACCGGCUGCGCGUGCGCAACCGGCUGACCGGCAACACGAAGAGCACCAGCAGCAACGCCGUCAGCACCAACAACGGCGGCCCCGACGAGGACGGCUACAAGGUGGUGUGUUACUACACCAACUGGUCACAGUACAGACCCAAGCACGGCAAGUUCGUGCCCGAGGACAUCGAGCCCGACCUCUGCACCCACAUCAUUUUCGCCUUUGCCUGGCUCAAGAAGGGAAAAAUCUCAUCAUUCGAGUCCAACGACGAGACCAAGGACGGCAAGACCGGCCUCUAUGACCGCAUCAUGACCCUCAAGAAGGCCAACCCCAAGCUCAAGAUUCUCAUGGCCAUUGGUGGAUGGUCUUUUGGCACCCAAAAGUUCAAGGACAUGUCAACGUCCCGUUACGCUCGUCAGACUUUCAUCUACAGCGCCAUCCCCUUCCUGCGAGACAGAAAUUUCGACGGUUUGGACAUUGAUUGGGAGUAUCCGAAGGGCUCGGACGACAAGAAGAACUACGUUUUCCUCCUCAAAGAAUUGAGAGAGGCUUUUGAAGCUGAGGCUCAGGAAGUGAAGAAGCCACGUCUGCUUUUGACCGCUGCCGUCCCUGUUGGACCCGACAACGUUCGAUCUGGAUAUGAUGUCCCUGCUGUUGCUGGAUACUUGGACUUCAUCAACCUGAUGGCUUACGACUUCCACGGCAAGUGGGAGCGCGAGACGGGCCACAACGCCCCCCUGUACGCGCCCUCGUCCGACUCUGAGUGGCGCAAGCAGUUGAGCGUCGACCACGCCGCGUCCAUGUGGGUGAAGCUGGGGGCGCCCAAGGACAAACUGGUCAUCGGCAUGCCCACCUACGGCCGCACUUUCACCCUCGCCAACAAGGACAACUUCCGCGUGAACGCACCCGCCAGCGGCGGCGGCAAGGCUGGCGACUACACCAAAGAGGGCGGCUUCCUUGCCUAUUACGAGGUGUGUGACAUGUUGCGUGCUGGAGCUUCUUAUGUCUGGGAUGAAGAGAUGAAGGUGCCUUAUGCCGUUCAUGAUGACCAGUGGGUCGGUUUCGACGACGAGCGCUCCAUCAGGAACAAGAUGCAGUGGAUCAAGGACAGCGGAUUCGCCGGUGCCAUGGUCUGGACUGUGGACAUGGACGAUUUUUCGGGCACCAUUUGCGGAGGCGGAGUCAAGUACCCAUUGAUUGGAGCUAUGAGGGAGGAGCUUCGUGGAAUUCCUCGUGCCGGAAAUGCCAAGGACAUCGACUGGAGCAAAGUGGCCAACUCGAUUUCAGACAAGGAAGAGGCCAAGCCGGCGCCCAUCAAGAUCUCUGUCAGCGAUCUGCUGAACAGGGCCAAGCCGCAGCGCAAGCAGAGCACCGCCCUCGCCACCGCUGCACCUGCUCUCGUGGACUCCAAUUCCCGUCCUGCUCAAGUCCUGUGCUAUGUGACCAACUGGUCCCAAAAGAGACCUGGCCAGGGCAAGUUCACUCCCGAAGACGUUGACACCAAGCUUUGCACCCACGUGAUUUACGCAUUCGCCACCAUCAAGGACCACAAGUUGACAGAGUCGGAUGCCAAGGACCCAGAAAUGUUCGAGCGGGUUGUCAAACUCAGGGAAAAGAACGCCAACCUGAAGGUUCUUCUGGCCAUCGGUGGCUGGGCUUUCGGCUCCACGCCCUUCAAAGAGCUGACCAGCAACUCUUUCCGCAUGAACCAGUUUGUCUACGACGCCAUCGAGUUCCUGCGCGAGUACAAAUUCGACGGACUGGAUGUUGACUGGGAAUACCCAAGAGGCGCCGACGACAGGGCUGCCUAUGUGAAUCUGCUGAAGGAGCUGCGUCUGGCUUUUGAGGGCGAGGCCAAGAGCUCUGGACAACCGAGACUGCUGCUCACGGCCGCUGUGCCUGCCAGCUUUGAGGCUAUUGCUGCUGGCUAUGAUGUACCUGAAAUCUCCAAGUACCUGGAUAUGAUUAACGUGAUGACCUACGACUUCCACGGCCAAUGGGAAAGGCAAGUUGGCCACAAUGCUCCUCUCUACCCACUUGAAAGCGCUACCUCCUAUCAGAAGAAACUCACAGUUGACUACAGUGCUCGUGAAUGGGUGAAGCAGGGCGCCCCUAAGGAAAAGCUCAUGAUCGGAAUGCCCACUUACGGCCGCUCAUUCACUCUUGUGGAAAAGACCAAGUUUGACAUCGGUGCCCCCGCCUCCGGUGGUGGCAGUCCCGGAAAGUACACUGCUGAGGCUGGAUUCAUGUCCUACUACGAAGUGUGCGACUUCCUGCAUGGCGACAACACCACCCUUGUUUGGGACAACGAACAGCAGGUGCCAUUUGCCUAUCGGGAUGACCAGUGGGUCGGAUUCGACGACGAGCGUUCUCUGAAGACAAAGAUGGGUUGGUUGAAGGAAGAAGGUUUUGGCGGAAUCAUGAUCUGGUCGAUUGACAUGGAUGAUUUCCGAGGAUCUUGUGGAACUGGAAAGUAUCCUCUGCUGAACUCCAUGAGGCAAGAACUGGAGGACUACAGAGUUGGACUCGAGUACGAAGGUCCUUACGAAAGCUCCAAUCCUGGUGCCAAGGGCUACACAACCAAAGAUCCCAAUGCUGUAAGUUGCGAAGAAGAGGAGGGACACAUUUCGUACCACCGGGACAAGCUUGACUGCACAAUGUACUACAUGUGCGAAGGUGAACGCAAGCAUCACAUGCCCUGCCCAGCUCAACUCGUCUUCAAUGCCAAUGAAAAUGUCUGCGACUGGCCGGAAAAUGUCGAAGGCUGCAUGCACCACACACAAGCGCCGCCCGCAGCCAAGAGAAGAUAAGUGAGUUUUAAUGUGAUUGCCGUAAGUGCAGCCCGGACUUGAGGCUCAAGAAUUCAAACGCCUCCUGGUGUGAUCAGUUUCUACUCUGGCCGACUGACCAUGCUUUAUUUAAAAAAAUAAAAAUAAAUAAAUAAACAGUUAAUAGGCUAUUAAAAUUAUUGAAGAUUUUGUAAUGAUUCUCUCUCUCGAAGGGCUCACUCAUUUUAUUAGCAUAGUGGUACAUUAUUUCAAGAAAGUAUGUUUUUUUUUAUUGGUAAGAGUUGGCGUGAGAGGCUAAGUUGAAUAUUCAAAAUGUAGCAAGUUGAGAUGAAU